GACGUGAAGGAAAGGGGAGGUAGUAGAGGAGUUGUGUUAUUGGUUUUCUUUCCACUUCACUUCCAAGCAGGGGAAGAGAAGAAGAAUAGAAAGAAAUGGAAGCAAGAAGGUCGUCUUUGUCUCCCAUUAAUGCUCUUCUCUUCUUCUUCUUCUUCUUUCUCCUUGGGUCUUCUUCUGUGCAUGGAAUGAUGCCCAAUAAGCAAUAUAAGCCUUGUAAGGAGUUGGUCUUAUUCUUCCAUGACAUUCUUUACAAUGGCAAGAAUGCUGCAAAUGCAACUGCUGCCAUUGUAGCAGCUCCACAAGGAGCUAACUUAACCAUCUUGGCUCCACAAAACCAUUUUGGAGAUGUCGUUGUCUUCGAUGAUCCUAUCACCGUCGACAACAAUUUACACUCGCCGCCGGUAGGCCGUGCACAAGGCCUCUACAUCUAUGACAAGAAAGACACUUUCACUGCUUGGCUAGGGUUCUCUUUUGCAUUGAACAGCACUGACUAUAAGGGGACCAUUAACUUCAUGGGAGCAGAUCCAAUACUGGUGAAGCAAAGAGACAUUUCAGUGGUCGGUGGUACUGGGGACUUCUUCAUGCAUAGGGGAGUUGCAACAGUGAUGACUGAUUCGUUGGAAGGAGAUGUCUAUUUCCGGCUUCGCCUUGAUAUCAAAUUCUAUGAGUGCUGGUAAAGAAUCACUGAAGUGUUUAUGUUGCAUGUACCUAUGAUUAGGUGAUGAUAUAUGUCUUUUUGCUUCUAUAAUUGUACCGCCGUUCACUUUUAAUGGCAGCAAGUGGGAGAGAGGUCAUAAUCUAACCGUACAUGCAGUGUACACAUACAUUUAGGUCAUCUGGUCUAAGAAUAAACUGGGUUUCGCUCGUAAA